GACCACCCACAAGUUAUUUAUUACUGUUUCAACUUCAGAACAAUGAAGGACACACGAUAAUUUACCUGGAAAACAAAUUUGCGAAACAAUGUUUCGCGUAAUUGUGAUCCCAUUUUUCUAUAUUUGUGUGCUAAUACUAUUUCCACUUUUCAUUAUACUGUUCAUCCCUUUCCUAAUAUACCGCCAAAUCGUGUCCCGCCUUUGUCACCUGUUUGGGGACACAUCAAUCGGGAAGAUCCUAAACGCCGCGGCAACAUCGCAUGCAUUAGCAGGACAGGAAGCAACAUAAUCCCCUUUACGGUGGAAGGGAUUCCAGAUCUGGCACAUAUUAAGGCACAGUUCGCCGAAAAAAUUCUAAAUUCAAAAGAUCCCGCUGGUGAUGGACCACUUUACCCCGAACUCCGUCAGACUAUCGUUUCCUGGGGAGGGUAUUUCUUCUGGGCAGAUCUUCCCAACUUUACCCUGCCCAUCCGAUUAUUGGAUAUCGAUCCAAUCGAUAUUGACUCCAACGAGGGAAUCAGUUUACUACGGACUUUGUACAACAGGGAAUAGAAAUUUGGCCAAGAAGCGCUGUGGGAGUUGGUCAUAGUUCCCGGGAUUGAGGGGAAAUUUUGCGUCCUUUUCAUAAUGCAUCACGCCCUAGCGGAUGGCUUCUCUAUGAAAAAGUUGAUUAAUAAAGUUAGCCAACCGCCAAUUGUGGAGGACAAGGUGACGCUUACCAAGCCGGAACAACGGGAAACUGUAGUUUCCCUGGUAUGUAAUUUGGUAAAAACCAUGGUUAAAAUCCCAUACGACGUUUCCACCUAUUUAGAAGUACUUUUCAGAACAAAGAUAUUACGUAGCGGUAGACAAGUAACAAGAUCAGAAUACGUCUCUGUGAUUGACAAGCAAAGUCUGGGAAUGACGCUUUGCACAAAGUCAAUCAAUUUGGCAGUAGUGAAGAAAAUUGCGGCGGGUCAUUCUGUUUCUGCGAGUGCCGUCUUAAUUUCCGCGGUUCAAGGGUCAAUCCAAAAAUGUGGAGGUGCGAAAGGGCUUUUGUACUUCCCGCUACCAACAGAUUUUCAUCCGGAGAAAUUGAGAAAUGUCAGUGCUAUGGGGUACACCGAACUUUUGCAAGAUGGAAACCGUCGUGAAAAACUUGAACGAACUGAAGAACAAUUACGAAACUUCAAAUCAUCCACAUUUCCCGGUGAAAAAAUAGUGCAUGGAAUCCGAAAAACUUGUCAAGCCUCAAUAUUAAUUAUUCUUACUUCUGACAUUUUUUCAUAUGUGAAUAUGUCCCUUAAUCAACUGCGGUUUUGCAUGUAUUUACUGGACUGCAAAUAUGUAUAGCUAAAUAAAUAUGCAGAUGUGCGGAAACAUUAAAAAAUAUUCAGAAAGUAUAUUUGGCUGACUAUUUAAAAUUUUUAUUAAUAUGUACGUAUAUUUAUAUUAGAUACAUGGGGCAGCCAUGGAUGCAAAACUUAUAACUUAAAAUUUUGACGUAUGACUUAAUUUAUAAUUAUAAAUGCACAUUAACAUAUGGCAUUUCUAUUACUUAUGUAUAACUUAUAAAACAGGUCAUACGUCAUAAUUUUAAGUUAUAAGUUACAUAUAUGUCCAUAGCUACUCCAUGUAUCUUAUUAUCAGAACUUGCACCAGUUGCAUAAAUGGAAGUUAACAUAGAUACAUCAAUAAAUUGGACACAUAUGAACUAAAUAAAUCUGUACACAUGUAAACUUGA